CCGGGCCGUGAGAACGUGCGGGGCGCGCCGGGGCCGCGGCUCUCCCACGGCCGGGGCGCCCGGGCCACGCCAGCCCCGGGCAGCGCCGUGGCCUUGCGAGCGGCAGCGGGCGAGUGCGAGCUGCGGAGAGACCCAGAGAACUGAGAGCCGGCGAGGGCUGGUGGCCGCGCCCCGGCUCUGUGGCGUGGGCACCCCAGUUGUGAGUGUCCUUGAAUUGGAAGUGCCUCUGCACACAAGAAGAGCAGCUCAUCGGGGAGGUCAGAGCAGGGUGAGAGCCACCGGCAGCAUGUUCUGCACAAAGCUCAAGGACCUCAAGAUCACAGCGGAGUGCCCGUUCUCCCUCCUGGCGCCAGGCCAGGCUCCCAGGGAGCCGGCCGAGGAGGCGGCAGGGAGCUCAGAGAGCUGCGAAGCGACUCUGCCCGUCUGCCAGGACGUUCCCGAGAAGAACGCACAAGCAGGGCUGCCUCAGAGAAAGACCAGUCGGAGCCGAGUCUACCUUCACACUUUGGCCGAGAGCAUUUGUAAACUGAUUUUCCCAGAGUUUGAACGACUGAACCUUGCACUCCAGAGAACAUUGGCAAAGCAUAAAAUCAAAGAAAACAGAUGUCCAAAUAAUUCCAGGAAGUCUUUGGAAAGAGACGACUUUGAAAAAAUAAUUGCUGACCAAGCAACUGUAGCAGGAGUGCCGGUGGAGGUCAUCAAAGAAUCCGUCGGUGAAGAGCAUUUCAAGAUAUGCUACGAGGAAGACGAACACAUCCUCGGCGUGGUUGGCGGCACCCUGAAAGAUUUUCUCAACAGCUUCAGUACCCUGCUGAAGCAGAGCAGCCACUGCCAAGAAGCGGAGAAGAGGGGAAGGCUGGAGGACGCCUCCAUCCUGUGCCUGGAUAAGGACCCAGACUUCCUGAACGUUUAUUAUUUCUUCCCAAAGAGAACCACGUCCCUGAUUCUGCCUGGCAUCAUCAAGGCAGCUGCUCACAUAUUGUACGAAAGCGAAGUGGAGGUGUCCUUACUGCCUCCCUGCUUCCGAAAUGAUUGCACCGAGUUUGUCAAUCAGCCCUACUUGCUAUACUCCGUCCAUGUGAAAAGUGCCAGGCCAUCCCUGUCCCCAGGCAAGCCCCAGUCCUCGCUGGUCAUCCCUGCGUCGCUCUUCUGCAAGACGUUUCCGUUCCAUUUCAUGUUUGACAAAGAUAUGACCAUUCUACAGUUUGGCAACGGCAUCAGAAGGCUGAUGAGCAGGAGAGACUUUCAAGGAAAGCCUCGUUUUGAAGAAUAUUUCGAAGUUCUCUCUCCAAAAAUCAACCAGUCAUUCAGCGGGAUCAUGACUAUGUUGAAUAUGCAAUUCGUUGUACGAGUGAGGCGAUGGGACAAUUCGGUAAAGAAGUCCUCAAGGAUUAUGGACCUCAAAGGCCAAAUGAUCUACAUUGUUGAAUCCAGUGCCAUCUUGUUCUUGGGGUCACCCUGUGUGGACAGACUGGAAGACUUCACAGGACGAGGGCUCUACCUGUCAGACAUCCCAAUUCACAACGCGCUGAGGGAUGUGGUCUUGAUCGGGGAGCAAGCCCGAGCUCAGGAUGGCCUAAAGAAGAGGCUGGGGAAGCUGAAGGCCACCCUGGAGCAAGCCCACCAAGCUCUGGAGGAGGAAAAGAAGAAGACGGUCGAUCUCCUGUGCUCUAUCUUUCCCUGCGAGGUUGCUCAGCAGCUCUGGCAAGGGCAAGUUGUGCAGGCCAAGAAGUUCAGCAACGUCACCAUGCUGUUCUCAGAUAUUGUUGGGUUCACUGCCAUCUGCUCCCAGUGCUCGCCGCUGCAAGUCAUCACCAUGCUCAACGCACUCUACACUCGCUUCGACCAGCAGUGCGGGGAGCUGGAUGUCUACAAGGUGGAGACCAUUGGCGACGCCUAUUGUGUAGCUGGGGGUUUACACAGAGAGAGUGAUACCCAUGCUGUGCAGAUAGCGCUGAUGGCCUUGAAGAUGAUGGAGCUCUCUGAUGAAGUCAUGUCUCCUCAUGGAGAACCCAUCAAGAUGCGCAUCGGCCUGCACUCUGGAUCUGUCUUCGCCGGAGUCGUCGGCGUGAAGAUGCCCCGUUACUGUCUUUUUGGAAACAAUGUCACUCUGGCUAACAAAUUUGAGUCCUGCAGUGUGCCACGGAAAAUCAAUGUCAGUCCAACAACUUACAGAUUGCUCAAAGACUGCCCUGGCUUUGUGUUUACUCCUCGAUCAAGAGAGGAGCUUCCACCCAACUUCCCCAGUGACAUUCCUGGAAUCUGUCAUUUUCUGGAUGCCUAUCAGCAAGGAUCAAAUUCACAACUCUGUUUCCAAAAGAAAGAUAUUGAGGAUGGCAAUGCCAACUUCUUAGGCAAAGCAUCAGGCAUAGAUUAGUGCACUGUACUCUUGUGUAUUUGUCUUUGAGGUGUGAUUCCGUGAAGGAUGUGUAGCACCUUGGAAUGCACUUUAGGAUUACAGGAGGCUAAAAAGCAGUAUUAGAAUUCCAGGAGCUAAGUCACAAUCUGAUCUUUCUACAGUUUAACUUGAUGAAAAGCAUAACUUCCGUCCUUCAACUCUUCUGUUUAUUUCUUUUUAAAGAAACCUCAAAAAUUGACUUUUGGAGGAAUCUUUUGGUUUUAUAGCAUUCACUACCUGUACUCAGAAAUCAGCACAUUGUACAUAGACCAGAUAAUUGUAGUUGACUGUACACAAAGUGAUGAAGUCACCCGCAGUCUUGUGUCCUGGUGGAUUGCCAUGGCUAUUACAGUGUAUUUGUGAUAGUGUUGCUUAAAAAAGCUUUUUCAAUAGAAAUUAGUCAUUGAUACCAUAGGUUCUUUCAACUUUUCAAUUUUGCAUUUUAUUACAUUUUCUCAUUUAACUGUUAACAUAUAUAACAAAAUAGACUGACUUACUUUUUCUCUUUUGCACUUUUUUUUAAGGAAAUAAGCAGUUAGGGGUUAGACACAAUAUAAAUAUAAAAUAAUUCUGUAAAUGUAUAAAAUUUUAUAUUUAACUCUUAAAGUUAAAAAUAUUCUGCAUAACACAAUUUGUCAUAUAAUAAAUUGACCUUUUGUUUGACAUAUAUUAUUUUUUAUCCUAUACAUACAUGGUAAAGGUUAUUUUAUUUCAUAUUAUUAAUGUAGUUCCAACUAAUUCAAUUAUCAUAAUAGCAAAAUAUUCAGGAUAAAAAAGACAUAUAACCUAUAAUAAAAUGCAAUAAUAUCAUUCUAAUUUACCUUAGUAAGAGACAGCAUGAGGGUACAGUAUGCAUCCAGGGAGUCUACAGUCGUCAAAUAUUUGUGCACAAACAUGUGCACACACACUUGGAAUAAUUGGGGCCUACUUUAGUAUACAUCUUCCACUGCCAUGCUGAGCCACAGAAAAUGCCAAGUUUAGAGUGGAAAAUAAGACUGUUUUCUUCCUCCUUGUUUCCCUCCCUCCCUCAUUUCCUUUCUCUCCUCUCCCCCCUUUCUUUCCUUCCUUUUGUUGCUAGACAAUUUUUCUGAAGUAUUCAUGCUGAGUAUUUUUAGUGUGUGUAUAUGUAAGAAGGACCAAUUUAGUCUCAAUAAGUAUGUAUCUGUGAUGUGAUUUUUUUAUUCUAGUUAAAGUAUCUUGGUGAUAUUUAUUAAAAGACCAUGAGUAGUGUUGCAGAAAAUGAUGCAGUGAUUUAUUAUGGAAUUUUAUAAACAUUUUUCUAGAACUUGAACUUUUGACAGAUGUCGGCUUCAGUUCUCUAGUGAACUCAAAAAUAACAACAACAACAACAACAAAAAACUACAGAGUUUGAUUUGGGAAGAGGAUAUCCUUUUAAAAAGACCUUACCUUCAAAGCAAAAGCAAGAUGAACAUCAUGGUUUUAAAAUCAGUAUUGACAGAAUCACAAAUACACUGAAGGCAUACUUGGGGUUCUGAGAAAUAACUUAGUUUACAACUUCUUUUUCCAUCCCAGCCUGGCCCUUAGUGAUAUCAAGAAUAAAAGCCCAUUACUGACUGGCUUCUAGUAUCCCAAAGGAACUAUGAUAGGUAUUAUAGUGAUUUCUUUUACCAGGAUGUACUUCAUUAUCUUAAAAGACUGAAUAUUUCUUACUGAAUACCCACACUGUUGUGAGAGAAUACCACAUGCUUUGAGAAAAUAUGUCUAUAGUUUCCCAAUUAUAUGAAGUUAAAUUAGUAUUUGCAAGGAAAUUUAAGGUAUAAAUGCAUUUUUCUUUCAAAAACUUAACCUUUAUUAUAGGGAAAUAACAGAGAUUCAAGAAAAUUAAAAAGCAUAAAAUAUGAUGUCAUCUUCAUCAAAUGUUUGGUGAUAUUUUAUUCUCUGUAAAUCAAUCAGAAUUCAGAUGUACCUUCCACACGCCUGUGACAUACAUAAAAACACACACAGAGCAAAAGAGGGCAUGUACAUAAUCUGGGUACAACCUGCAUGGGUGUUUUUCCUGGUACUAUUGCUGCAACAUUUCUAUAGAUCUGAAACUUUAUCUAAAUAAAAAUUAUCUAAAAAAUAUUUUCCAGAGAGAUUAAGUCAUCUAGGAUAGCUUCCCCAGACCAGAGAACAAAGAUCCAUUAAUUAUGGAAAAAGAAGCAGCAAAAAAGAAGAAGAGCAGACUCAUUGCCUUCUGCCUGUUUUCCCAACAAUUGUUGGGACAAGAGAGAUGGUAAAUCUUAAAGGAAGAAGAGGGCAGAUCAGGUACACAGGGUGGAAAGGUAAUGUCAGCAGCAGUAUGGAUCAGGUUGGACGUUUAUCUGCAGUGACUUUAAGAACAUCUGUCUCAAACCCAAAGGAAAAUGAUUCAUGCUGUGUGCUGGGGGAACCUAAAAGCUGGGUGUCUGACACUGGAAUUUCGUAUGAUGUUCAAGACCACUAGUCCUUCAGAUCCUUGGGUAGAGAAAAAAGAAGAGUUGUUGCCAAAUGGCUUCUCCUUGAUGUUUCCGUGCACAGCACAGCAGAUCUGCCUUGGCCUCCCCUUGUUUACAUUAGGAGGAGGCAGAGGAUAAUGGAAUAUGGUAUUCUGCAGUUGGCUUGGCAAUGAAAGAUGUGAAUGGACACAAGUGCCCCUGACAAGUACCAGCCAGGAAACUGUCCAAAUGGAGCUUCACCUGCAAAGCCCUGACAAAGCCCAGAGCUACACAAUGCUUUUUAAAGUUUUAUUCUGCUUUUAAUUGACAGUUACCUUCAAGUCCCUGUUGAAGCAACUGCUGAAGUGCCACGGAGCAUCACUGCUGUAGUUUUAAGUGCAUUUGUUUAAUCUGCAAAACUUGCUACUGAUAAACAGGAAUGUCUUUGACACAGACUUUCUGGGGAUGGUUUGAUAGAUCACCAUCCUCCUAGCAUAGGACAAUCGAAUUAACUUCAACCAACUGUGCACUCUGGUGCCUUUUCACUCUAUAGCUAGUGGUUCUUGGGCAGUUACGUAGAGGUAGAUGUACAGCUUACAAGGAG